CAAAGGACAGAUUCCAGCAGACGUGGUUCCUGAUCCAGUAGAUAUGCCAUUGGAGAUGGCAGAUGCUGCAGCAAGUGCAAAAGAAAUCAAGCAGAUGCUGUUGGAUGCAGUGCCUCUGUCAUGUGACAUCUCAAAGGCCAUGCUUCCAAACUAUGAUCAUGUCACUGGCAAGGCCAUGCUUAUGUCACUUGGCUUGAAACUGGGAGAUCGUGUUGUUAUAGCAGGACAAAAGGUUGGUACAUUAAGAUUUUGUGGCACAACAGAAUUUGCCAGCGGGCAAUGGGCUGGUGUAGAGCUGGAUGAACCAGAAGGAAAGAAUGACGGAAGUGUUGGAAAAGUCCAGUACUUCAAGUGUGCACCAAGAUGUGGUAUCUUUGCACCUCUUUCUAAAAUAAGUAAGGCUUCAGAUCACAAGAAGAAUUUUGUCAGAAGUCCUUCCACACGAUCUACUUUGGUCAAGUCCAAGAAAAUUGAUGUAACGCACAUAACUUCAAAAGUGAAUACCGGCUUAGCUACGUCAAAAAAAGAUAGUAGUUCUGAAUCCACCUUUUUGGCUACUGAAGAAGGAAUGAAAAUUAUGCCUGGUAAAGAAGCUUUCCUGGGAUCCAGCAGUUCUUCCUCUUCCACUACCUCUUUAGAGAGCAAACCGAAUCAGCCCAAGAAAUGGAACUCAACUAACAGCACUAAAAAGGCAGUGCCUAAAGUAGCUUCUACCUCAUCUAAAAGCAGUGCUGGACUGAAUAAUGCUUCUCCAUCUACAAGAAAAAACCCUUUUGAUGAAGGAGAAAUUCAGCUUGGAGACAAAGUGCUAGUGGUAGGGCAGAGAACUGGCACUGUUAGAUUCUAUGGGACAACAAAGUUUGCACCAGGCUUUUGGUGUGGCAUUGAACUGAAUAAACCUCACGGCAAGAAUGAUGGUUCAGUUGGAGGGGUCCAGUACUUCAGUUGUCUCCCCAGAUAUGGCAUAUUUGCCCCACCAACCAGAGUGCAGAGGUUAACAGGUUCCUUAGACUCCCUCACAGAAGUUUCAACAGGUAAAAUGAAUCAUUCUUUCCCAGGUUUUAGACGAAGUUUAAGUACAACUUCUGCAUCUUCACAGAAGGAGAUAAACAGGAGAAACUCCUUUGUCAAAUCUAGAAGCUCGAUGCUGCGGCGUAGUUGGAGCAACACCACUACGACUAACACUGAGGGACCUGUGAAACUACAUGAGGGUUCUCAGGUCCUUCUAACCAGCUCUAAUGAGAUGGGCACAAUUAGAUACAUUGGUCCUACCGACUUUGCACCAGGGAUAUGGCUAGGACUUGAACUCAGAAGUGCCAAGGGAAAGAAUGAUGGAUCUGUGGGUGACAAGCGCUACUUCACCUGUAAGACAAACCAUGGAGUCUUAGUUCGGCCUAGUAGAGUAACCUAUCGUGGGAUUAAUGGAGCAAAACUUGUGGAUGAUAUUUGUUGAACCAGAAUGCUUACAACCUGUGCAUCAAGUGCUAGUGCAAUGAUAUAUAAGCAUUAAACCACAUACAAUAACCCCAACAUCAUCUGCACGGAAUACUGACUGAAAUUUUAUCUAAACUAUUAAACCUGCUUUUUUUGGUAAUGGAUCUCUUCAGGCUCUAACCACCUCAGAAUCAUAAUAAGAAGGGGAAAUCAUAUACCCCCUCUCCUAUUUUGACACAGUCCCUGCCUGUGAGUUUCUUGUAAAAGCAUUAUGGGUUUGAUACUGUAUUAUUUGAAUCAUGUCCCACUCUGAGAAGGCCACUAUAGUUGACAUUCUUUUAAGUUGCUUUGUGAUUCAGUGUAUUUGGAAGGUUUUCUUCCAUGUACUAAUGAACUGAUACAUCAUUCUCCUGCCUUUUCAUAACUAAGGAGAUUGUUAAAUGAGUCACAUUAGUCUAUGCAGUAUUAGUCCCAGGAUAUUAGAGACAAGGGUGAGUGCCAGAAUAUAUCUUUUAUUGGACCAACUUCUGUUGGGGAGGGAGACGAGCUUUUGAGUAUGCAGAGCUUUUUUUUUUCUUCUUCUUCCCCUUCCCAGACCUGAAGAAGAGCUCUGUAUAGCUUGAAAGCUUCUCUCUCACCAACGGUAGUUGGUCCAGGGAAAAAUAUUCCUCCUCCACCUUGUUUCUCACAUUAGUCUGUUUACCAGACACUUUGUCCAUCUCCCUGUGAGCUAGUAGUAAUAAUCAGGAGAAAUUACUCUUUAAAAAAAAAAAUCAGUUGUGAAACAAUUAAGUAUUUUAUCAUUCAUAAAAAACCCAUCUAAAAAAAAACCACACAGGGCUAAUGGACAAACUGUAAUUGGAAGAAUUUGCUGCUCCCGUGCUAUGCCAGUGAACAGCAUGAAUGAAACAGAAAAAAGACUGUAAAAAGCACAAAUACACUGUUUCUGGUUUGCACUUUUCUCUGUGUGGAUUUGUAAAAAGACAGCAGCAUGCAAGAUGCACUUUUGAAAAUAUAAUGCACUUUCAUCUCUUCUCUGGAGAGCUUUCCCCCAUUGUUUGAAGAAAUUCUUUUGUUUGCUGUUGCUGCAGGCUACAAUCAUCAACAUGUUUCAAUGCAUAUAGAUAGAACUUAGGUUCACCUCACAUAGUACUUGCAUCAAAGUCCUUUUUAUGUACUGUCUGCAGGAGGUACUAUGCAGUAUAUGUAUAUUUUUAAAGCAAACAUUAUUCAGUUUUUACUUUGUUUGCAUUUUAUAUAUUUCGUCAUUGUCCUUCAGAGCACAGUUUCUUCUUUGCUACAUUUGCCAUUUAUAAAAUUCAAAAAUUGCCUAUGAAUCUUUUUAGAUGUAGCAUGGCAACACUCUUAUUUUGAUUAUUUGGCUGCAACAUGAUUUGUCUCAGCCUUUUAAAAUACUCAGCGUUUUUAGAAUUUGUUUCAUAUACAUCUUGAACAGCUAAAAUACAUAACAUGUUUAGCAUGUAUUAACUAUCUUUGUUAGUGCAAGUAUACAGGUUUCAGAAUAUCUCAAACAGUAAAAUGGUUUGACACUUCUGAAUGAGCUGUUCGUUGCAUUUCACUUAGUUGAGAAAUGUACCGCGCUUUAAAUUACAUUUGUAGUAUCCUAUUUUUAGACUGACUUUGUGCAGCUUAUACAAUGUAUUUUAAAUAUGGCUAUUUUUCCUGGACUAUUAAAAAAGGCUGCAUAUUGUAUUCUGAUCUAUGGAAGUUUUUAACUGAAGAUAAAAAUUGUAAAUUUUUGAAUGUACACAUUUUAUUAUAAACUGUCUAAAUUAUAGCUUUGUAUUUGAAGUUAGCAAGGUUCUGAACAUCUGUAUGUCCAAAUCUGUUUCUUCCAUGGUUUAUAUCUAUAGGUAUCUUUUUUUCUGUAAUUAACACAGUAUUCACCGAUCUUUGAUUUAUUAAUGCCCAUUCUUUUAAAGAUCAUUUGCUUUUGGGGGAGCAGGUCACAAAAUGAUUCUCCUUUUUUUCCUUACAAAUUAUGUAAAUAGGACAGAGAAAUGGCAACUCUAAUAUAUAAACAGAUUUUAUAUCUUCGUGCAGUUUAUCAUAUUGCUGUAUGGUAUAGAAUUGCAAGCUGCCAAACAAAGUGUAUACAUCACUUAAA